UUCCCCUCCCGCAGUGACAGCGCCUCUGGGUCCGUGGUCUUAACUGGUCUCUGUGCCUCGCGCCACGGCAGGUGAAACACGACCGGUAGAUCCAAAUGAUGGAUUUCUCUAAGCUACCCAAAAUACUUGAUGAAGACAAAGAGAGCACAUUUGGUUAUGUGCAUGGGGUCUCAGGACCUGUGGUUACGGCCUGUAACAUGGCAGGUGCAGCCAUGUAUGAACUGGUGAGAGUGGGCCACAGCGAGUUGGUUGGAGAGAUUAUUCGACUGGAGGGUGACAUGGCUACUAUCCAGGUGUAUGAAGAAACUUCUGGUGUGUCUGUUGGAGAUCCUGUCCUCCGCACUGGUAAACCUCUCUCGGUUGAGCUUGGUCCUGGCAUUAUGGGAGCCAUUUUUGAUGGUAUUCAGAGACCUUUGUCAGAUAUCAGCAGUCAGACUCAAAGCAUCUACAUCCCCAGAGGAGUAAAUGUGUCUGCUCUGAGCAGAGAUAUCAAAUGGGAUUUUACACCUUGCAAAAACCUACGGGUUGGUAGUCAUAUCACUGGUGGAGAUAUUUAUGGAAUUGUCAAUGAAAAUUCGCUCAUCAGACAUAAAAUCAUGUUACCACCACGAAAUAGAGGAACAGUAACUUACAUUGCUCCACCUGGGAACUAUGAUACCUCUGAUGUUGUGUUGGAGCUUGAAUUUGAAGGCGUAAAGGAGAAAUUCACCAUGGUCCAAGUAUGGCCUGUACGUCAAGUUCGACCUGUCACUGAGAAACUGCCAGCCAAUCAUCCAUUGUUGACUGGACAGAGAGUCCUUGAUGCCCUUUUCCCAUGUGUACAGGGAGGAACUACUGCUAUCCCUGGGGCUUUUGGCUGUGGAAAGACAGUGAUAUCACAGUCUCUAUCCAAGUAUUCCAACAGUGAUGUCAUCAUCUAUGUGGGAUGUGGUGAAAGAGGAAAUGAGAUGUCUGAAGUUCUCCGGGAUUUCCCAGAGCUCACGAUGGAAGUUGAUGGUAAGGUAGAGUCGAUUAUGAAGAGAACAGCUUUGGUAGCCAAUACCUCCAACAUGCCUGUUGCUGCUAGAGAAGCCUCUAUUUAUACUGGAAUUACACUGUCAGAAUAUUUCCGAGACAUGGGCUAUCACGUCAGUAUGAUGGCUGACUCGACCUCCAGAUGGGCUGAGGCCCUUAGAGAAAUCUCCGGUCGUUUAGCUGAAAUGCCGGCAGAUAGUGGAUAUCCUGCAUAUCUUGGUGCCCGUCUGGCCUCCUUCUAUGAGCGAGCAGGCAGGGUAAAAUGUCUUGGAAAUCCUGAAAGAGAAGGGAGUGUCAGCAUUGUAGGAGCAGUUUCUCCACCUGGUGGUGAUUUUUCUGAUCCAGUUACAUCUGCUACUCUUGGUAUUGUUCAGGUGUUCUGGGGCUUAGAUAAGAAGCUAGCACAACGUAAGCAUUUCCCCUCUGUCAAUUGGCUGAUCAGCUACAGCAAGUACAUGCGUGCCUUAGAUGAGUACUAUGACAAACACUUCACAGAGUUUGUUCCUCUGAGGACCAAAGCUAAGGAGAUUCUGCAGGAAGAAGAAGACCUGGCAGAAAUUGUGCAACUUGUGGGAAAGGCUUCUUUAGCAGAAACAGAUAAAAUCACUCUGGAGGUAGCAAAACUUAUCAAAGAUGACUUCCUACAACAAAAUGGGUAUACUCCUUAUGACAGGUUCUGCCCAUUCUACAAGACAGUAGGCAUGCUGUCCAACAUGAUUGCAUUUUAUGAUAUGGCCCGUAGAGCUGUUGAAACCACUGCCCAAAGUGACAAUAAAAUUACAUGGUCCAUUAUCCGUGAGCAUAUGGGGGAGAUCCUCUAUAAACUUUCCUCCAUGAAAUUCAAGGAUCCAGUGAAAGAUGGUGAGGCAAAGAUCAAGGCAGACUAUACACAACUUCUUGAAGAUAUGCAGAAUGCAUUCCGUAGCCUUGAAGAUUAGAACUAUGAUUUCUUUCCUCCUUUUUCUCAGCAAACUCAUAUGUGAAUUUUCCUGAAUUUCUCAUCUCAAACCCUUUGCUUCUUUCUUGUGCAGCUUUGAGACUAGUGCCUAUAUGUGUAAUUUGUUUCCCUGUUUUUUGGUAGGUCUUACAUAAAACAAACAUUCCUUUGUUCCAGUGUUUGAAGGGCCUCCCUGAUUCUUUAUCUCUGGUGGUGAAUGUAUUAACAUGAUAUACAAAGGCUACAUUACUGUAAACUUGUAUGUAGGAUGACGUCUCUUGUCCUAGGUUUGUCCUUUCCUCUUCACCAUUAAAUUAUAAACAGGACUACUGCAUGUACUCUAUUUGGAAUGGAUUUGGAAUGGAAAGCCCGAUUUCUAUACCUUUUGACAGCUUCUCUGCGAAAUAAUAGCUAUGUGUCAAGGUUAUUUGCAGCUUAGCAUUUUGCUAAGUAACUGCUUUGCAGGAAAUAUUUCCUUUUUUUAAACAUGAAUGAUUAUGCAUUGUUUCCCCAGUAUAAAUCAGGAAUAUUUGGAGGAAACUGUUGGGAGUUAUACUGUUUUCAAAAUAAUUAAUUGUGGGGUUCAGCAUAAUAUAUGAGUCAGUACCCUCCAAAAUAGUUAAAAUGGAACUAAGCAAUCGAACUUAGAUUAGCAUCAUCUUAUUAGAGCAUAUUUUAUUUCACUAGGAAAAAUUCAGUAUCAAGGACUAUUAUACUGCAUUACUAGGAAAAUCUUUUUUAAAUUACAUUUAAAACAAUCACUGAAAACUUGAUCCACAUCACACCCUCUUUGUUUUCCUCAGACAUCUUAGAAGCCAAAGUUUCUUAAAACCAUGUAGCAGUGUGAGCAGCAGUAAAAUGCCACAGAGAAGAUUUUUAGUAGUGAUUGAAAUCUGUUUGCAUCUUUAAGGACCAGCUGGGCUGUAGUAUUUCUUGGGGCCACAGUGGCAUUAUGUUUUCACAAAGUAAUGACGUGUGUCACAUGUUUGCAUGUUUGUUUGCAAAUUGCAUUUCUAAACAACCAGCUUACUAGUUGUAGAAGUAUUUUCUUUCAUGUAGUUUUUGAUUCACUCAAAAGUUUCUCAAAACAUCUAUAGCCAUUGCAGCAUAACAGUUUCCAUUCUGUUUGAUCAGUAUGAAAUUAAUUCUUAUAUCUGCUGAUAACAGAAUCUGUGUUGUGUAGAAAAAAGAUAAUUUCAUCCUGUCUUUUAAGUAUAUUUUUAAAAUAAUGAUUUUUGGUUUUUGUAUAAUAAGGUACACUGCAGAGCAGCUGUGGGAGAAACAAUUUCCCCUUAACUCUUUCUGACCAAAAGUACUGGGGACCCCAUUGUUUCCUUGAUGGGAAGAGGAGAGGGUGUGUGAACAUGUCUAACAAACUCAAAUACCCAAAUGUAAUAGCAUAAAGUAUUUACUUAAUGCCUCAAUAUAUUAUUAUUUAAGUUUUUAGGUAAUGCAUUUCUGUCAGUCUUUUAAGGAAAGAUGCAGUCAACAGAGAAUUGGCUAUAGUUUUGUAUAAAUCCUUGCAGAUUGCAUGUUCUUACAGUUGCCUGCAAAUCAGGAAAGGUAUUUUUCCAUGAAUUUUUUUUAAUCUUUCAGAAUAUUGGCAGAUAAAAAUUAUGCAACAAUUUGUUGACAUGUAGACUUAAUGGUGCUGUUUAAUCAGUUUGCUUCCAAUGUUGCCUCCUAUCAGAGGCCCUGAGACCAAUGGAAAUUAAAAGGAUUUCAGAAACUUUCUAUUCAUACCUUAUACUUACCAGCAAACUAGGAUUGUGAUUGGAAUGGAUGAUAUGAUGAAGAAAGUUUGACAAGUUUUUUUUUUGUUGUACUAAAUUUGCAAUGUAUCCUUUUAAGAAUGUUGAUAUGAGUGUGAAGAUGCUAGAGAAACAAUGUGAAGAUGCUAGAGAAACUAUGCUCAUAUAUCCAUUUUAAGUGUCCCUUCACCACCUGUGUGUUGUUGAAUUUCAGAUUAGGGCACUAAUCAUAUUUCUUUAGUAAGAAUGUGUUAAAAUUACAACAAUCUUUUAAAAAGAUGAUGCAGUUCUAUAUUUAUUGUGCUGUGCCUGGUCCUAAGUGGAGCCAGUUAAACAAGUUUCAUAUGUAUUUUUCCAGUGUUAAAUCUCACACAUUGUACCCUUUGGAAAUUUCCUUCCAUCCUGAAUAAUGAAUGAGAGAGUUCAUAUAUUGCUACCUUAUCCUUGAGAUUUCACUAUCUUUAUGUUAAAAGUUGUGUAUAAUUGUUAAAAUCUAUGAAAGAAUAAAAAGUGAAUUUAAAUUAA